AUGGAGAACGUUAUAUCGAAACACCAUGUCGCUGAGACCCCUCCGUUUCCCCCCUCCUCAUCUUCCCUCGCACAUCUCUCCUCCCUCUCUCCUCAUCUCCCCUCGCUCUCUCGUCAUCCCCUCCGCGCUCCCCUUGUCCCCCCCUCCCCUCUCCUCGCCUCUCCCCACUCUCACCACAUCUCCCCCGCUCUCUCCUUAGCAACCCCCGCCCUCCCCUCGACUCCCCCCGCUCUCCCCUCAUCUCCCCCCGAUCUCCCUUCAUCUCCCCCGCUCUCCCCUCAUCUCCUCCGCCAUCCCCCCAUCUCCCUCGCUCGUCCCCCAUUCGUCCCGAAAAAGCAUCCCUCACCCCCCCCGCGUCUCACCCUCAUCCUCCCCUCUGUCUUACCCUCAUCCCCCCCGCGUCUCACUCUCAUCCCCCUCCGCUCUCCGCCGCUCUCUCCCCAUCUCCCCCGCUCUCUCCUCGUUUCCGCCCGCUCCCCCCCACCCCCUUGCUCUCCCUGUCAUCUCCCCCCGCUCUCCCCUCAUGUCCCUUCUUCUCCUGUUUACCUCUCAUACCCCCUCCGAUUCCUUCCUCCUUCCCCCUCCCCUUCUCGCUCGUCCCGCAUCCUCGCUCUCCCCUCAUCUCCCCUCGUCUCCCCUCAUCUCCCUGCGAUUUCCGCCUAUGUCCCCGCCCUCACCCCUUCUUCCCCCUCAACCCUGUUUCCCCCCAAACACAGUCUCGUUCACCGCUCAUCCCCUCCCCCCACCAUGCCUCCUCUCCCCUCUCACUCGCUCCACAUCCCUCCUCCCAUCCACCCUGCGUCACCCCUCCCUCCCCUCGUCUUUCCCCUCACUCACCCCUCAUUUCUCCCCAUCCAGUCACCCCUCAUGUUCCCUCCCAUACAUCCCUAA